UCCGCCUCCACCACCACCUCUUCCUCCUCCCACGCCCAUUCACCCCAUCGAGACGGGAGCCGACUGCCGCAACCAUGGACGCGCCCGAACCAGAUACGCCUUUUGCGGCCGUCUCGGCGCAGACAACCCGCUUCCAGCAGAUCUACCAGUCCUACCUCGACAAGUCUACGCCCUACAUCGCCUACCGAUGGAUAGCCACGGGCAUCGUGUUCUUGCUCUUCGCCAUGCGGAUAGUCUUCGCACAAGGCUGGUACAUUGUCGCCUACGCUCUCGGUAUCUACCUUCUGAACCUCUUCCUCGCCUUCAUUACCCCCAAAUUCGACCCCUCCCUCGACGCCGACACAGAUAUGGAAGAUGGCGUACCUGCCGGACAAUCUUCCCUGCCCACGAAGAACGAUCAGGAGUUCAAACCAUUCGUGCGCAGACUACCCGAGUUCAAAUUCUGGCACUCGGCGACAAGAGCGGUGGCUUUGAGCUUUGCAUGCAGUUGGAGUGAGAUCUUCAAUCUGCCCGUGUUUUGGCCUGUGUUGGUGAUAUACUGGCUGGUAUUGGUAAUCUUGACAAUGAGGAAGCAAAUCCAGAGUAUGAUCAAGUACAGAUAUGUGCCGUGGGACUUUGGAAAGACCAAGUAUGCUGCAAAAUAAGGAAGCGACUUUUGCGCCGCCAAUAGCGCAAGGGGGGGUAAAUGAAUUAGAGACGAAUAGAGACUUGUAUGAACAGCAUGAUAUGGAGGCCUGUGUGUGGCUUUUCAGCAAUAGGAAACGUGGUCUGAGAUUUUUUUUUCAAUUCCCGCCCGAACACCAUCACAACCGCCCUUUUCCAUAUAGUUGAACACACUAUGAUGCGGCCAAAUACAAAAUGAGAACACUACGAUUAAUAUGCG